AUGAUUUCGUCAAUUUCAUGGAUACCAAAAGGAGUAUCAAAACCAGUUCUCUUGGUAGACGAUCCUUCUCAAGAAGAGGAUCUUGAAGAAAAUAUCCCUCUCCAAUCAAGUGAGAGUACGAAUAAAGAUGAAGAUGUGGUGGAUUUGAAGUCAUUGCCAGUAAAUAAUGUAGUAUGUGACAACGUAAUCCAAGGCUUGAAAGACCUCCACAUGGAACGUUAUGAUGAUGAGGAUGAAACCAGUGAUGAUCUGUACUAUCCACACAACAACAUGGAUCCAUAUCUCAAAGAUCAAAAUGAUUCUGAUUCUGAGGAACUUGAAAACAUGACCAUUUAUCCAACCGAUUCUGUCAUUGUUUGUGCACGUACUCGAGUAGAAAAGGUUGAAGGUAGUGAUAACGAGGAUAGUUUUGGUGUUGUUGAGGUUUGGAUACGUGAGGAUAGAGAAAAGAACAUGUAUCUUCACCAUGUCAUUGAAAUUUCAGCAUUGCCACUUUGCACAGCUUGGCUUGAUUGUCCCCUUCAAGGAGGAGAGAGAGGGAACUUCUUAGCUGUUGGUUCAAUGGAACCUAAUAUUGAAAUUUUUAACCUUGACGUUAUUACAAGGGAUGGAAAGGGAAAGCCAUGUAUGGUGUUGGGUAGCACUGAAGAUGUGAAAAAGAAAGGAAAAAAGAAACCAACCAAAUACAAAAACGAUGGCCACAGUGACUCUGUACUUGGUCUUGCAUGGAACAAAGAGUACAGGAAUAUAAUUGCAAGUGCCAGUGCUGACACGAAAGUGAAGAUUUGGGAUAUGGUCAGUGGGAAGUGUGAAAUUACGAUGACGGAUCACACAGACAAGGUUCAAGCUGUUGCUUGGAAUCACCAUUCACCAUGGGUUCUUCUUACUGGUUCGUUUGAUCAUAAUGUUUUUGUGAAGGACGGGAGGGCCCCAUCACAUGAUGGUUGUAAGUGGAAACUCAAUGCUAAAGUAGAGAGCUUGGCAUGGGAUCCACACUCUGAGCACUCUUUUGUGGUGAGUCUUGAAAAUGGUAAUGUUAAAUUGAUUGAUGUUCGGACUGCCCAGUCAGAUUCCGGAUCUGAGUUCAAUGCUAAUGAACAUGGCAAAGCUGUUACAUCAGUAUCCUACAAUCUGUCAGCUCCUAAUCUUCUCGCUACUGGAUCGGAGGACGAAACGGUAAAGCUUUGGGAUUUGUCACACAACCAACCUUCUUGUGUGGCCUCUUAUUCUCCAAGAGUAGGACCUGUCUAUUCUGUUUCAUUCUCUGAAGACAACCCUUUUUUGUUGGCUAUAGGAGGCUCAAAGGGAGAUUUACGAGUAUGGGACACUCAAUCGUAUUCUGGAAUUUCUGAAAAAUAUGGGAACUACAUGAAGUAAUUGAACUAUGGAUCAAAUACUCAUUGAAUGCUGAAUGGAAAAGAAAGAUCAAACGACAAGAAAAAAAAAGAGAAAUUUUAUGGAACCCUUAUCAUUUGUAUGGCUCAGAAAGUUUCAUUCGUUCAACUAUUUGUCUUGAUUAUCAUUCGUUUUUCAUUCCGUUUGAUUACAU